AAUGCUCGUCCUGUAUGCUGUAGCUUGUAGUUUCUUCUCGAUAUUUUCCGUCCGUAGUCGUAGAGUUCGUUCAGAGAUUUGAACGGCCUUGUCGUUUGUUUGCCUUUGUCCACGUGAAGGUAGUUCUAGUUUUGCUAUAGCUAUUAUUUUGAAAGUUUGUACGUGGCGGUCCGUAGAAUGGAUGAGAUAGUAUUUAUGGCUGCAGAAACGAAUCCGCGACGGAACUGGCAGGUGCUGAGCAGUAUGGUGUGUGACGUGACCACCCAACACCGGGACGCAGUAAUUGCUUGUCCUAAUCCCAAGGCUUGCAGUUUCGUGUUCAGUCCCGACGGCGGCAAGGUGUUCUUUCGCGGAUAUCCAGCUCGCAGACGACCGGCCACUUUGCUAUACGCCGAAAUCAACACCUCACACUCAUCCUCACGGGCGGCGGAGGGGCCGUCCAGAGUUGAUGACGUGGUAUCCCGUGACGGUGUUGACGUCACGUAUUGCUCCAGCCAGCACGCAGCAGUGGACAGUCUUCCCCGCGUCGAGUGGCACAGCGUGUUCAGCGACCUGUUGCCGCGGGAACCGCUGACGCGCGAGGAGAAACUGCUGCACGAGCGGCAGCGCACGGCAUUCUCCAGCGUGUCGUAUGAGUACAACCCGGCGUCGGACUCGUUUCUCUUGUCAUGCUCGGGGAGAGUGUACGAGGCGAGGACGACUGCAGCGUCGACGGAUUCGCCCUCUCAGACUACACUCCCGUCAGAGCGACACGCAGUGGCUGCCAGCACGCGUGCCGACCAGCAACGUGGUGCGGACAACGGCAGCCGUAGCCGGGUUGCAAGUGCUGCUGCUCCCGCUGGCAACCCGGCCGCCCUCUGCUCCCUGUCGGAACCCGUGUUGGCGUCACGCGCCUCGGCCCGCAUGGACCUGCAGUGGUGCCCCGGUUCCAGGGAUGUGUUUGCCUACGUCCUGGAUGACGAUAUCUGGGUGUCGUCAACCGCUGGCGGGGUGGAAACACGUCUAACCUACUGCAAUAAUGGCGAGACAGACGUGGCUCGGAACUUCACCAAGGCUGGAAUGCCUCCUUAUGUUAUGCAGGAGGAAUUUGAGUGCUUUUAUGGGUUCUGGUGGCAGCCACAAGAUGAGAAGGGACUUUCCCGCACGGAGAAUGGCACUGACCCGCGCUAUCGCAUUCUCUAUGAGCAGGUGGAUGAACACCAGGUAGACAUCGUGACGAUAUGCGGUGACCCCGAGCCAGAACGGCUGCGCUACCCCAGAGCAGGUCGUCCGAAUGCUACCGUAGUUCUGCGCUAUGUUGAGUUCUGCAUGAGCUCCAGCGGGGAGGCGUAUGAUGUGCGCCAUUACGGCCUGAGCAAGGAGCUGUACGAGAUCUUUCCCAGCAUGGAGUACCUUGUGUCAGCUGGUUGGGUGCCGGGAAGAAAUGCGGUGUAUGCGUAUCUUCUGGAUCGUCUACAGCAGAACUGCAAGCUAGUGUACUUGCCUUUACACUCAAGUCACAAUGUCGGCUUCAAACUCUUGGACAAUGGCUGGCCAAUAGGGCACCGACCAGCGACGUCAUCCUCACCAGCGACGUCAUCCUCACCAGCGACGUCAUCCUCACCAGCGACGUCAUCAUCAGCCACUGCCACUAGCACAGCACACCAGCAAAGCAGCAGCAAUGAUGACGAUCGCCACGGCUGCGCAGUGGGGUCCACGGUCGCUCCCAUCGUGGUACUCCUGGAGGAGACUACUGAACACUGCGCCGCCAUGUCCAGCAACAACACAACCACCGACCAUCGCCAUCCCUGGAUUAAUUACCAUCAGCUACUGCACUUUGUGAAAGCUCCGGUGGCGCCAUCAACAGCAGGAGCGACGGUGGGCAGCAGAGGCGAUGGCGACAACUCGGCAACAAACGACUCACUCAGCUUCAUCUGGUCCAACGAGCUGGACUCUGGCCACCGGAACCUGCAGUUGAUCACCUGUGACCUGUCCUGCGGCAGCCGCCAUGCUCCGCUCAGCACCGAACACACAGCACGAGCAGCACACAAUGGCGCCGAUGCGAGUGCGAGCGUGUCCCUCGCUAGUUUUGACACGGAGGUGGACGAGGGCAGUGGUGGUGGUGGUGGCGGUGGAGACUCUACAUCAGCUCGCAGUGCAGUGGACAACAGUGCGGUGAUAUCCCCCACCAGUUCUGCGCCCAGCUGUACCAACACGACGUCAACGGCAUCCCUGUUGCCACGGGAACCCGGCUUGGAUUUCACCUGUGCUGAGUGCAGUGGCAGCUCCACCGCGCCGCAUGUAUUCCGCAAUCACAGACCAUGCCAGGACGGCGAUGCGUCAGCUCUUUGCCAUCGUCGCCGCUGGCAACGUGACCAGCUGGAAUGCUACAGGCACACUAACGCUGGGCGUAAGGAUGGUGAUGCUAGAGGCACGGACACUGCUGCUCCAGAAGGCAAUGGUGGUGGUGGUGGUGAUGUUACGGUCGCGGCCAGCACAGCUCAGCGGACCAGCAGCAGCAGCAGAGUGCCUGGCUGGCUGAGCUGCUGUGCUGGCGGAGGUAAUCAAACUGAGUCUCCACCGCCACAGCCACCACCGCCACUACAAGAGUCGAGUAGCAAUCGUUGUACUGCCUCACGUACUAACUCGCAACAUGCGUGCAAUACAGCGACAUCGGCUCAUCGCCAGCCAGCAGCUACGGAUACUAGUAAUGAUGUGACGAUGCAGUCUCACGUUGAUCAUGGUAGAUUACCCGCGUUCACCUACAUGGCUGAGUCGGGUGAUGUAUCACAUGCUACUGUCGGAGAUACCGCUACUCAACAGCAACAGAGUACGAACAAUGGAUCAUGUGCACUGCAGGACAGCUUGCACUCUGCUCCCACAGCGUCUUCGGCUGCGUCCACUCCUGACCGGAUGGAUACGCAGUGUGCACCACCGCCAUCGUCAGAUACCAUCAAUCGCCACACCACACCGGGGGUACAUGUGGACUGUGUUGGCAUGGCAACACACGCGCAAGCCGACGCUAACGCCAACAGUGCACGGCCAGUGUGCGGCGGUCUAGUGCUACCGGAGACGACGGCAUCCAACGGCUCCACACCGUGCUCCUCGCCGAAACGAGUCUGCCGCGAUAUCACCAUGCCAACCACUGCCGACGACAGCAGUAUAGAUGUGUGUGGGCGUGCGCUACCAUCGUGCACACUCUCCAAUGCUAGCGGUGUCUGGCCUGGCAGGAAUUGUGGAGAUUUCGUUGUUGCCAGCGGUACUAAGCACCUCGUCACACCACCGCACGUCAACUGGCAAGUUGAUUCGGACUUGCUACACGUGGAUGAGCAGCAUUCAUGUGUGUUCUUCACUGGAACAGUGGACACACCUCUAGAGUGUCAUUUGUAUGUAAUGUGCUACAAGCACAGUCUGGAGAACAAGUUUGUUGUAAAGCGGCUAACACCGAUUGGCUACCACCAUCAACCUGUCAUUAGUCCGUGCGGCCGCUUCUUCACGUCCGUGUUCUCAUCACUCGCGGCAUCCCCGACCACAGUUAUCUUUGACAUUCUCUACGACCAUCCAGGAGGCUGCUUGCCCAGGACUGUAGCACGGUGUGUCUUGAGCCACCCCAGUGAUAUCAGAUCGGGAUCAGUGCAGAACAAUAGCCAAGUAACGCAUGGGGAGAUCUUCUCCUUCAAGAGUCGUUCAGGUACUAGUAUAUCAAAUAGUGAACCCGGCACUGCCAUGCAAGAAGACCAUAAUGGAGUUACCGAUGAAGGCUACACACUGUAUGGUGCUGUUCACCCACCGCACGACCGUUCUGAUGUCACCACCACUGCCACUGCCGCUGCUGCUGCUGCCACCAAGCACCCGACCAUUGUAUAUGUGUAUGGUGGACCAGUCGUACAGCAUGUGAGGAACGAGAGUGCCCGUCACUCCUUCACCAUCGAGCUGUUGAACACCGCCGGCUUCACGGUGGUGACGGUGGACGGACGUGGGUCAGCACGGCGAGGUCUACAGUUUGAGGGGGAGCUCAAGGGACGCUUGGGUGCUAAGGAAUGCGAGGAUCAAGUGGACGGGUUGAGAGAGGCUGCAGCUCGGUACCCGUGUGUUGACCUGGAGCGCUGCGGUGUGUUUGGAUGGUCUUACGGUGGUUAUAUGUCCUUGCUUCUCCUGGCCAAGCAUCCAGAGUUGUUUCAGUGUGCGGUUGCCGGAGCUCCUUGCACCGACUGGACACAGUACGACACGGCGUACACAGAGCGCUAUCUAUCACUGCCCUCGCUCAACCGCAAGGGCUAUAACCAGUCCAGCGUUCUGCCGUUUGCCAAGCAUUUCCCAGACAUUGAAGACCGCUUGCUGAUCAUCCAUGGCCUGGCAGAUGAGAACGUUCACUUUACGCACACCGAACGCCUAGCCAAGGCACUAACGUCUCGCCGUAAACCGUAUCGCAUCAUGCCUCUGUCCGGGGAACGCCAUGGUAUUCGCGAUGCAGACUGCAAUGCUCUCGCGCACGCCACCAUGCUGACUCUCUUCAAAGCUGCACUCUGCUAGGCCAACUGCCCAAUGCUCGGUGGCGUAGCGCUCGCCCGUAUGGUCUGCUAGCCGGUCGGUCGUUUGCUGACUGAGGCGUGGUGGGAUGCUUUUCAGCAUGUCCUGAUGCCUUUCGACCAGACGUCCAGUACUUGCGUCGCCCUGUUGCCAUGUCCUUCUCUUCAACACAGCUCAAGAGUCAAGACCUGUGCCCUCUCGCCAUGUCUUUCUGUUGAACCCAGCUCAAGAGUCAAUACCUGUGCCCUCUUGCCAUGUCCUUCUCUUCAACACAGCUCAAGACCUGUGCCCUCUGGCCAUGUCUUUCUCCUCAACCCAGCUCGAGACCUGUGCAUGGGUGUGCUGUCAAGCGCAGUCAUCCACUGCCUAGCAUGUCAUUGUGGGCAACACAUGACCAGGGUAAUCAGUAUGGUACUAUGCACUGGCACAUUGCCUAUACACACACGUGCACGCGCGCACACACACACACACACACACACGCACAUCGCUUGCAGCUUUUCUUUGUUCCAGCGAUGAUAAAGAUGACGACAACGGCGACGGCAGCAACAGUAGAAACAACAACAACGACGACGACAACGUACGAACGCACACACGCAUAAUUAUGUACAUGUACACAAAUUCGUCAACGGUACAUGUAUCGUGUAUGCAAUGUACUACCUCUUUGCUCAUGAAACGCACACACCAGUAGUAUCGGCAAGCUAUUGUUGCAUUGGCCUGACUUCGCCCCAAGCUGGACUGGAGCACCAGAGGUCUUGCAUCCCUCUCCUCCCCCGGGAAGUAUUUUGAAGAACAGAAAACAUAGCCUAGCUUUUUAGUGCACCUUUGCAUUGUAGGGUAUUACUCUCUGUAGCGCUUUUUUCUUCGUUUUUUGUGCAAGCAAGAUUGCGUACUCUAGUCUCAGAAUUUCUAGGUGCUCAACAUUUUAGGUUUGAGGGCAAAACUAAAAAUUCUCAAGAAUCGGCUCCAAGAGUUCUAAGUCCACUGGUUCUGGAAAAUAAAAUUUUAAUAAAACA